CAUUCGAGGGUUCAGAGGAUCAAGCCAGGCGUUGUAGGGGGAAGUCAACGUACUCCAUGAAUGCAUUUGCCAUGACAGAAUGCCUGAGGGGCAUUCGAGCUCUAAAGCAACUUUUGUAGUUGUUUUGCUACUCUCUAAGCAUCAUCUGCGACUGGCGAUGGCGAGGAGGGGGGUGCAGAACGGAGGUGUCGAAGGGGGGCCCAGAUAUCUUUGGUUCGCGACGCCCCGACCUGGCUGUGCCGCAAUACUGCUUUUUCAAGUAAGAGAUUCCACUUUCUUGGGUAGACGUAACUUGCACAGUUGUGAAUGAUACGAGGGAUUUGUGAGACUGGAUUACCUCUAUGGAAGACAGGAUUGAGAUACUGUUGGUGGUUGUGCGCUGUGUAGAGGAAUCAGAAUACACAAGGAUCUCUAGUGG